UGACCGAGCAUUAGCUGAGCACAGGGACAGGGAUUGGGAUAGAGAGAGCGAAGGAGGGAGAGAGAGAGAGAAGCUAAACAGGUGGUCUGAAAACACAGAAAACAAUGUCGUCCGGCGGGGAGAAGCGGAAAGACUUCUAGUCCCCGCUUCUGUGGAGGAAUACCGGGACAACCGCGGAGCCAGAACCACCAAAAACUCCAUGCUCCUCUUUCAUUUGGACACGGAUUCCCACUCCUCCUCUGCUCGGUGUUCCACUCCGAAUCUGGGCAACAUCUCGGAUACUAAACCAUGAAAGUCACGGUGUGUUUUGGCAGGACCCGGGUGGUGGUGCCGUGCGGGGAUGGAAAUAUUAAAGUCCACAGUCUCAUCCAGCAGGCUGUCAUGAGAUAUAAGAAAGCUAUAGCGAAGGAUGCUAGUUACUGGCUGCAGGUCCAUCGAUUGGAACACGGAGACGGCGGCAUCCUCGACCUCGAUGAUGUCCUCUGUGACGUGGCGGACGACAAAGACAGGUUGAUAGCCGUGUAUGAAGAACAGGAGCCCCAUCACGGAGGCGAUGGUACCAGCGCCAGCUCCACAGGGACCCAGAGCCCCGACCUCUUCGCCGCAGACCUCAGCGCGGGCAGCGGGGCCUCGGCCUUCCAACCCUACCAGGCAGCCAGCGAGAUCGAAGUCACACCCUCCGCCCUGCGCACCAAUAUGCCCCUCCACGUCCGGCGCAGCAGCGACCCCGCCUUGAUGACCAUCAAUGGCCCAUUUAGUGGCAGCGAGUCACGGGUCCAAACAGACGAGACGCCAUCCAGGAAGAACCCAACUCGCUGGUCCACCACCGCCGGCUUCCUGAAAGUUAGACACUCCUCCGGCACCAACAGCCUGGAGAGGAAGGGUAAAGGCAUGGACACAUACCGCAGUCUGCCACGGGAUGCAGGGACAUGGGCCAAUCAGAGGGAGUUUCAGAGAGAGACGGCCCGGUCAUCACUCAGCGCCAAUCACCCCAUGGUGGACCGCUGGCUGGAGAGACAGGAACAGGACGAGGACGCCAGAGAAGAAGAGAACGGCAGGAUUGAGCCGGUUGGUCGAGCUGACUCCUGCAUGGACCACACUCCUGUGAGGUCACUAGAAGACAUAGUCAAACUGGUGGAGGUGUCAAACGACGGUGGGCCUCUGGGGAUCCACGUGGUGCCUUUCAGUGGCAGAGACCGCAGGACUCUUGGCUUGUUGGUCAAGCGUCUGGAGAGAGGAGGCAAAGCGGAGCAGCAGAGCCUCUUCCAGGAGAACGACUGUAUCGUCCGUAUCAAUAAUGGAGACCUGAGAAACAUCCGCUUUGAACAAGCCCAGAACAUGUUCCGUCAGGCCAUGCGCUCUCCUGUCAUCAUGUUCCACGUGGUGCCAUCAUCCAUGAAGUCCCACUACGAGCAGCUCUCCCACGCCGAGAGGAACCCCGCCUACUCCUCGGGCCGUUUCAGCCCGGACUCCCUGACCGGCAGCAUUGUCUCCGGCAUGGACCACACGCCGCAGAGGAUGUCUCGGCACGGCUCCCAAACUCAGCCGCACUCCCACCAGCAUCCUCACGCCCACACGCACCCUGAACAGACUGACGGAUACCCCCCUCUGACUCACCCGGCCGUGUCGGCAGCCAAGCCUCCAAUGGGACACACCCACUCGCCUCAGAGGGGGGCGAACGCAACGCCAACCGGAGGAUUUACCAAAAAAGUCGGGAGGAGACUCAACAUACAACUAAAGAAAGGCCCUGAGGGACUCGGUUUCAGCAUAACCUCCCGGGACGUUCCAAUCGGCGGCUCGGCACCCAUCUACGUGAAGAACAUUCUGCCUCGAGGUGCUGCCAUCCAAGAUGGCCGUCUCAAGGCGGGGGACAGGUUGCUUGAGGUGAAUGGAGUGGACCUGAACGGACGGACACAGGAGGAGGUGGUGGCUCUGCUCAGGGCCACACCCAUGGGCGGCUCUGUGGGGCUGCUGGUUCUACGUCAGGAGGACACUUUCCUCCCCCAAGGAGUGAACGCUGAGCCCCAGAUGCAAUGCCCCAGAGAUUUGCACCCGAGGCAGCCUGUGACAACCGGGAGGCCCCAUUGGCUGAUUGAGAAGACAGAGGAGGACGACUUGGUCUUGACUCCAGAUGGGACUAGGGAGUUCCUGACCUUCGAGAUCCCCCUCAGUGACUCGGGUUCGGCUGGGUUGGGUGUCAGUGUCAAAGGCAACCGCUCCAAGGAGAACCACGCUGACCUGGGCAUCUUCGUCAAAUCCAUCAUUAACGGAGGAGCAGCCUGCAAGGACGGGCGGCUGCGAGUCAACGACCAGCUGAUUGCCGUUAAUGGAGAGUCAUUACUGGGCAAAACCAACCAGGACGCGAUGGAGACGCUACGCAAGUCCAUGUCGACGGAGGGCAACAAACGUGGGACGAUCCAGCUGAUCGUGGCCAGGCGGGUCACCAAAAGAAAUGAGGAGGCACCAGGGAGUCCGCUCGGACCUCAGCAGAUGAUGAACAUGACCCUAGAUGACCAUGAGCGUAGAAUCUCCCACUCUUUGUACGGUGGCCUGGAGGGACUCGAUGACAAUCUUAUGCCACGGCAAGGCAUGAUUCCUCGCACAAUAGGAAACUACCAGCUCUCACCGACCGUCAACAUGCCGCAGGACGACACGGUGAUCAUCGAGGACGACGGGCCGCCCCUCCUUCCACCCAACCUCUCCGACCAAUCAUCAUCCAGCUCCCACGAUGACGUGGGCUUCACUGCUGACGUGACGCCGUCGUGGGCCAAAGAGCUGCCCGUGCAGAAUGAAAGUUCCCAGGGUCCAGAUGAAAAUAAUCCUGACGCUGCGUUCCAAAGGGAAGGCUUCGGACGCCAGAGCAUGUCUGAAAAACGCACCAAGCAGUUCGGAGACGCCGCCCACCUCGAUAUCAUCAAGACACGCAAGUCCAAGAGCAUGGAUCUAGUAGCCGACGAGAUUAACCUCACUCCUCGUCCUGAGAACGACACAGGUUCUUCCACAAAGGAUGUAGGACCAUCUCUUGGCUUAAAGAAAUCCAGCUCCCUGGAGAGCCUCCAGACAGCUGUCGCAGAGGUAACCCUCAAUGGGGAUCUUCCAUUCCACAGGCCACGCCCCCGCAUUAUCAGGGGGCGGGGCUGCAACGAGAGCUUCAGAGCAGCCAUCGACAAAUCCUAUGACCGACCAGCAGCGACGGAGGAGGAGGAUGAGGGCAUGGAGACAUUGGAGGAGGACACAGAGGAGAGUUCACGAUCAGGGAGAGAUUCGGUGUCCACGGUCGCCGAUCAGACGCCGCUGUCCGGCUCCGAAAAACCCCUUGUGAACGGCACAAAUCGUACCAAAGAGGAGAAGAAGAAGGACAAAGACAAGGGAGGGAAGGAGAAGAAGAAGCCGGAGGGUGGGAAGGAGAAGGACAAGGACAAGGACAAAGGAAAGGCCAAGAAGGGGAUGCUGAAAGGACUAGGGGACAUGUUCAGGUUUGGGAAGCACCGGAAGGACGAGCGACCCGGGGAAAAGAUGGAUCGUAAAGGCUCCAGCAAAUGGAGGCAAGAGGAGACGCAGGUUUCAGAGGAGGAGAUGCUGAAGAUGAGGAUGGAGCAGGAGAGGAUCCAGGCCAAGACCAGAGAGCUGAGGGAGCGUCAGGCCAGGGAGCGGGACUACGCCGAAAUCCUGGACAUAAGCCGCUCAUCGGAGAGGGCCUCAGAAGAAGAGCACCCGUACGCAGGCAUCAACCCCCUCAACAGCUCCGUGGACAGCGGACACAGUCGGCCCCACAGCCCCCGGGAAGAAUACCCCCACAUGCAUCCACACCACCAUCACCAACUCUCAGACACCCUCUACACCCAAGUCAGCAAGGGCCGCAACGACAGGCCUCCAUCUGCAGACAGUAACCGGCUAACACCGAGCAACCAUGACCGGAUACAGAGGCUGAGACAGGAGUUCCAGCAGUCCCAGAAUGUCCCGGAAGACCCAGACGACCGCAGGAGGACGUACAGCUUCGAGCAGCCGUGGUCAAACAACAGCAGUAACGGACCGGGCGGGUACAGCCAGCCGGGUCGCCACUCGGUGUCGGUGGAGGUUCAGAUGCAGAGGCAGAGACAGGAGGAGAGAGACUCGUUCGCCCAGGCACAGCGGCAGUACAGCUCCCUGCCACGACAACCCAGGAAAAACCCCAGCUCCAUCUCCCAGGACUCCUGGGAUAAAGCGUACCCACCUGGGGAAGGCUUCCAGACAGCAAAGGACAACCCCAGAUACUCCAGCUACCAGGGCUCCAGGAACGGCUACCCAGGCGGAGGAGGGGUCAAUGCUCGAGUCCUCCUGGAGGCCCAGGAGCUGCUGAGGCAGGAGCAGAGACGGCGCGAGCAGGAAGCCAAAGGGAAGCUAAUGCAGGAGAACAGCAGCUAUGAAGGGUACUCCACAGGGCACCUGAAGGACCCUGCUUCUCCAAAGGGUCCUUACCGCCAUGAUGUGCCACCUUCACCUUCACAGUUAGCGAGGUUAAAUAGAUUGGGGUCGGAGAAAGGAAGACUGUUUUAUUCUUGAGGAGUAUCAUGGACUGUUCGAUGAAAGCUGGACAGAGGACUUCACAGAAACAGAAGAAGUGGACGCUACAAAUCUUGACAAAGGGACGAACUAGAUGUCGUAUAGCUUAGAGAUGAUCUUAGAGGUAAACAGUUGUGAAGUGUACUCAGUGUGUGGGUGUUUAUUUUCAUCCCUCACUGUGCUGAUGACCUAUACCAGUAAUCAGUCCCUCCUACAGACAUGAGACGCUCAGUGCCUUCUCUGCAUUCACGAACACAGUGUUUGUUCACAGUCGUCCAGGGCUCUGAUUCAUCGAGCUUUGGCACCGUCACGUGCUGACAAUCAAAACGGGCAGACAGGCAAGUGAGUGGGUGCGUUUCAAAGCCCAUGGGGGAGGUGUUUCUGUGUGGGUCUGUGUGUAGGCAAGUGACAAGGUACAUGUUUCACGAUCAAGUAUGUGUGUCGUGGCUUUACAAAGUGUCCCACGGAUGACUCUUCCCAUCGGUCACAAUUCAAAGUUAACAUUCAACCCCCUUACUAACGCUGCCGGCGUUUCCCUGCAUCCUGUUUUCUCUACAUCUAGUGUUUUCUGCUCAGGCACCGUGUGUUCGCACUCGAGUAGUCCUCGGGGAGCAGAGGAAACACGGCAAAGUGUAUGAAAGAAGCAGGGCAUGGUGUGUGUUAUUAAUAAAAAAGCCCCCCUCAUAAAUGAUUCAUAUCAUGUGUUAUCUCCAUGGAGGAGACCCAGGCAGAGAGGGUAGACAGCUCUGAUCCUUUGCCUGCCCCCCCUGCACUGCUCUGGGCUUGAUUCCCUGGCCCGCCUGCCUGUCUGUCUGGAGCUCCAGCUCCCAUCCUCUCUCUCGUCAUUCUCUCUGUUCAUUACCUUUCUUUCUUCUACCUCAACACGCCCAACCUUCAUCCUCCUCUCCUUCACACUCAUCUCCCACCUUCCUCUCAUGUCACCCCUCCUCUUCCUCUUCCUCUUCCUCCCACUACCCGCUACCUCCCUCCCUUCCUCCUCGUCUCCCGAGUCAGGCUCUGCACUGAAUUUUUCAUCACAAGCCACCUGCUGCCUGCCAGAGCCAGAGAAAGCUGCCACCAGAGGCUCCGACAGAGGGCCCGGCUUCUGACAUAAAAAGAGAAAUAACAGGAAAAAAAACGACAGAAUAGAGAUGGGUAGAGACAGACAAUGAGCCUCUCAGUGUGAGAUUAGCUGGAGCUUUUGUCCCAUUUUUUAACAAAAGGCAAAAUUGUCCCGAGGAGUUAAUUGCUUUCAAUUUGCUGUAAUUGCUUUUUGUAUUUUUUUAUUCUUUUUUUUUUCCAUUGAACAAAUUUACCUGACACUCUUCUCCAAAAUGUACAAAAAAAAGUAAUAACCUGCUUUUUUACAAAAAUAUUAGAUUGUUAAAACAUAACCCCAGUGUGUUGCAGGACAUAACCUCAAAGCAAAUUUGUGCAUCCAGAAGAGUCCAUCCAACGUAGGCCGUGCAGAAAGUGCUGUUUCGUUCUAAUUGAGUUCAACUCUACCCCACUGUGCUGUGAUUGGCUACUGCUGGCUUCAUCAAAGUGUGUCUUCAGGGCUUUGUACCAGGAAGCUGCUUCACCCAGGAGUACAAAGGACCAAUGCUGACUCCUAAUAAUCACAGUAUCACCACUUAUUGGUCCCAUUAAUGUGCCCACAUGACUUGUACUUCAUUAGUUUUAAGAAUGAUCACAAUUUUGUUUCAGAUAUUAAAGCUCCUGUGAGGAACUUUUGGGUUUUGUUCACUUUGGCUCCCCCUGUGGACAAAGCUGUACCUCUUAUCUCAUCCUUCGCAUUUGUAAGGGGUCUUUUAACAGUCAAACGUAUCUCUCACUGUGAUACGUUUGAAACUUUGAUGUCACAGAUGUAAAAGUAAAGUCUGUUUCUGCAGCAUGGUGACACCUCAGUGGUUUCAAACUGCUCCACAAGCAAACCACAUUAAAUAUUUUUGAGUUACAAGCCUCUUUAGCCAAUCACAGCACAGUUGGAGAGGAUUGCGUGAAACCUUCUCAGUGAAAAGAAGCAUGCAGGAUGACUAAUGAAAUACUUACACGGCUAACAAGCUAGUAAGAACAAUGCUAGAUCGAUAGCUCCCUGGGUUAUUUUGCUUGCCAACUGUCCAAAGACUAAUCCUCAAUGAGUUAGCAGAGGUUGUUUAAAAUUCCCCCCCAUUCAGGAGACAGCAUCCUGGGGCUCUGUCAUAUGAUGGCGGACAAACACGUUCCACUCCCCAGUCUGCACAGGUUGCAUUGGGUGCAUCCUUAGUUGCCCAAUCAAUGCUUGACACUGUUUAAUAUUAGUUUGGUUUUAACUCCUUGGAAUCCCAAAUCUUAUCCUGAAACUGUGUGGUUUAAAUGAUGAUGGUUGUGGCUAACUUACAAGCUUCUAUCCCAAUCAACCCUUGCAGAUGCUAACUGACUGUUUUUCCCUUUAAAGAGGAGGAAGCUCAUCAGUGGAACCAGCUGCUGUAGUUGUAGGUCGUAAAGAAGACCUGGGGUGUUGAUGACACAUGCUUAAAAAUCACCACCACAGCAAACCAGCCCACAGCUCUAAUUGCUGCAGUAGGUGGCAACCGCUCCUCCUAGUCUGUACCUACCCUUCUUUGACUUCCACUAAUGUUCAUAUCUCUGCCUGCAAACCAACAAAUGAGACCCAGCUGGUGCAACUCUAAAAUCAAAAGGGAAAUACAAAAAAAUAAAACCUGGCCAUCAUUAAGCUGUGGAAAACAAACAGGCGGUACGUAAUUGCCCCUUCACUCCUACACACUCGUAUGCAGAGUGAAGCUGCGUGACAUACAUUAUCUCCUGUUGGUUAAUGAAGACUCUUGCUGGGGAAGAGACGGGCUUAGUAGGGGUGAUGAAUGAUAUACGGGAAAAGUGAGGAGGUGAAGAAAGCUGCUUUUUUUUCACCUGAGGAAAGUUCACAACACUGCUCUGUUUUAAGCUAAGGAAAACGACCUUUCUGCAUUAUGUAUGAACUCUGUUUUAACGACAAAGAAGCACACAUUGGCCCCUUGCAGCGUGCGUGUAAAUCACUGCAACGGGAACUGAUGAAAAUGUUACCAAAUAAGAUGCAAACUGUGCAUGUAAGGGUAAAGUAUCGCCCCACUUGGAUUGUUUUUAGUAGAGUGUUUGGUUGUAGCGGCCGGCGCUUCCUGCUGUGAACACUAGUGCAGGUCAACAUGCAGAGUAGCACAUUUAGAAGGAUGUAUUUGACCUGUGCUGUAAACUUCAUGGACUUUGCUGUUCAGCUAGUUUAGUUAUCAACAAGUGCCUGAAAUAAUAUCAUCAUAUUUUACACAAAAAGAAAAACACAGUGUUAUUUGUUUGUCGAUGACACUACAGCACACAAACUACAGUGUGUGUGUUUUUAAGCGUUUUUAAUGUCAUGUUAUUAAAAUGUGUCAUUUUUAGGGGUACUCCUUCCUGAUCUUUUUCUAAAAAACUUUAUUUACAAGAGCCAACACUUACAAGCGGUUAUCAGUGUAUUUGUAUCCCGUUUGACAUUGCCUUCAACCAUGCUGUACCAUGUUGUUUUAAAGUGUAAGAAGAAACGGAAGCUGAUGUGCAAUUGUUUUUGUUUUUUCCAGAAACUUUUACAUGAUAUAUUGAGAAAUGUAUGCAGCCACUUUUUCCUGUACAUAUCAAAUUUAGAAUAAAACGGAAGGCUGUUCCAUCCUGUUUACAACCUC